AACGCACAAUCUGUUAAAUGUAAUCAGUAAUGAGUAAUCCCAAUUCCGUACAUCCCUACCCACUUUAGAAAUUCGAACUUGGUUUUGUGAAUUAUGAAAUAUAAUAAAUAAACAUUGGCAAUGUAGAUAAUUUUAUGCGUUUUAUAUAUAUCAUACUUCAUAAAACGUUUUUGUCUACAACUACAGCCCCUGAACUAUCAAUAAUCGUUGAUUUAACUUAAGCAACACUAAAUAAUUAUUCCACUAUUCUGCCUGUUUUCCUUUUCUUAAAUCUAAUAUAUUAUUCAUAUUUUUAUUGAAACCUAUUUGUUUUUAAUAACGUCUUAUUAUAAUAAUCAGCUUAUUGGUCUAUAUAUAACUAUCUCAUUGUUUAAUAAUGAAGGAUGUAAUUUUUUUAUUCAAAUUAUAUUAGCUCACAGUUGUAUACAAUUAACUUAAACGAAAAUGGACGACAUCGAACCUAUUAUAUAUACAGGAAAUACUACUAACAGAUUAUUUGGAAGUCCACAAGUGUUGGACAAAAAUUUGGAUGACAUAGUUGUUAAUGAAGGUGGUGGCGUUCCAUUAAAACCUAUUGACCGAUAUUAUUUUGGAUACCUUAUAUUUUAUGUGCUUGGAACUUGUCUUCUUUUGCCAUGGUUUUUUUUCAUGACUGCACAUGAUUAUUGGAUGUAUAAACUACGAACAAUAUCAAAUGGUAGUAAUGAAAACAUAUUGUCACACGAUCAUGACAUGCAUUCUUCGCGGCUUCAAGCUAAUUUUACAUCAUUUCUCACUAUUAGUGCCUCAAUCCCCAGUACAUUAGUAUUGUUUGCGAAUACUUAUUUGGCCAAAAAGCUGUCUAUUCAAUUUCGAAUGAUAAGUUCUUUAAUGUUCAUGUUACUUUUAUUUGCGUUUACAACAUUAUUUGUCAACAUAGAUACGGAUUCUUGGCAAGUUUUGUUUUUUUCUAUUACAUUAGGGACUGUUAUUCUUCUCAACAUCGGAAGUGCUAUAAUGCAAGGAGCAGUGUAUGGCUUAGCGAGCUUCUUUGAUAGUGGCUAUAUGACUGCAACAAUAAGUGGCCAAGCACUAGGCGGUGUUGUUGCUGCUUUGGCACAAAUAUUAGCCUUAUGGUGGGGCGCAUCUCCUGUUCAUAGUGCUUUUGUAUAUUUUUUGUUCGCUAACAUGUUCAUCUUGCUUUCAUUAGUGCUGUACACAGUUCUAGUGAAAAUGGACAUCUAUAAAUAUUAUGUCCAUGACUUGCCUGCUAGCACAUGGAUGAGGCAGUCAUCGUCUAUUCAGUAUGCGACAUUAGAAUCUGAAUCUGCAAACACUGCUGAUAGUAUUGUUGUUUUAAAAAAGAUAUGGAAAUUAGGUUUUAGCAAUUGGUACUGUUAUGUGGUCACCAUGGCAGUCUACCCAGCAGUUACAGUAUUAAUAUCUUCUAGUGAGAAAACUCACAGUGCUUGGACAGAUAAAUACUUCGUACCUGUGAUGGCCUAUCUAUUAUUCAGCAUAUGGGAUUUUAUAGGGCGAUUCAUUCCAGAGUGUAUAAAACUGCCAGAUAAUAUUGUAUGGCCAUCUCUAGUGCUAUCAGUUGUAAGAACAGUUUUUAUACCUUUGCUGUUGCUGUGUAAUGCCCAUCCACGCCAGCAUACGCAAGUUUUAGUACGCAAUGAUCACGUAUAUGCGGUUAUCAUGUCACUUUUUGGAUUUACCAACGGAGUAAUAUCUAGUGUUACAAUGUGUUCCAUACCUAACUUGGUAGACAAACACGAACAAGAGACCGCCAGCUCCUUAAUGGUAACAUUUCUUGGCGUUGGCAUCGCUACUGGUUCUAUAAUUAGUUAUGGAAUGGUUAAUUUGUUAUAACAGAAUGGCUAUAAUGGCCAAUUAUAAUAUUUUGUUAUAAUAUAAUAAAAUAAUAAAUAUUUGCUCUCUGUUUUAUAUUUAAAUUUAUAUUUUAACUAGAUUUUUCUUAUUGUAAAUCAAAAUUUAGGCAUAAAUCGAUUAAAGUUGUAUUAUCUUUUAUUCUUUAUGUAAAUAAGAUGAAAUCAAGUGUUGUAAAAUGCCACUGAAAACCAACUUAUGUCCUCGCUGUAUUUUGGGUUACUACCUCCUAUAUCUAUAUUUGUAUUGUAAAUAAUGUAAAAAUUAAAUUAAAUAUUUUAUAUCUCUUAUAAUAAAGUCAAUUAUAUUAUUGUA